UUGAAGUAACUACGGCGGCUCCGAGGAGGGGAGGGGGGGAAGGGACGGCCGGUCCCGUCAGUCAGGCCACGGUAGCCGCCCGGAGCGGAUGGCGGCGGCGAUCGCGGCCUCAUUUGCCGCCGGUGGUGAGGAGGCGGCGGCCACGACCUCCGUCCCAGGGUCCCCGGGUCUGCCCGGGAGCCGCAGUGCAGAGCGGGCCCUCGAGGAGGCCGUGGCUACCGGGACCCUGAACCUGUCUAACCGGCGCUUGAAGCAUUUCCCCCGGGGCGCGGCCCGCAGCUACGACCUGUCAGACAUCACCCAGGCCGACCUGUCCCGGAACCGGUUCCCCGAGGUGCCAGAGGCAGCAUGCCAGCUGGUGUCCCUGGAGGGCCUGAGCCUCUACCACAAUUGCCUGAGAUGCCUGAACCCAGCUUUGGGGAAUCUCACAGCCCUCACCUACCUCAACCUCAGCCGAAACCAGCUGUCAUCGCUGCCGCCCUACAUCUGCCAGCUGCCCCUGCGGGUUCUCAUUGUCAGCAACAACAAACUGGGGGCCCUGCCCCCCGACAUCAGCACCUUGGGAAGCCUUCGGCAGCUUGAUGUGAGCAGCAAUGAGCUGCAGUCCCUCCCCUCCGAGCUGUGCAGCCUCUCUUCCUUGCGGGACCUCAACGUUCGGAGGAACCAGCUCAGCACCCUGCCUGAGGAGCUGGGGGACCUUCCUCUUGUCCGCCUGGAUUUCUCCUGUAACCGCAUCUCCCGAAUCCCAGUCUCCUUCUGCCGCCUCAGGCACCUGCAGGUCAUUCUGCUGGACAGCAACCCCCUGCAAAGCCCGCCUGCCCAGAUCUGCCUGAAGGGGAAACUUCACAUCUUCAAAUAUUUGUCAACAGAGGCUGGGCGGCGUGGGGCCGCUGCACUGGGGGACCUGGCCCCUUCCCGCCCCCCGAGUUUCAGCCCCUGCCCAGCUGAGGACUUAUUUCCGGGACGUCGGUACGAUGGCGGGCUGGACUCAGGCUUCCACAGUGUGGACAGUGGCAGCAAGAGGUGGUCUGGAAAUGAGUCAACUGAUGACUUCUCGGAGUUGUCGUUCCGGAUAUCGGAGCUGGCCCGGGAGCCCCGGGGGCCCAGGGAGCGGAAGGAGGACGGCUGUGCUGAUGGAGACCCUGAGCACAUUGACUUCAUUGACAGCCACGUGCCGGGGGAGGAUGAAGAGCGAGGGGCGGCCAAGGAGCAGCAGCCGCCGGAAGUAAGCCCUGUAGCAGGGGACAGGGAGAGGGCGCCAAGCAGCAGGCGGGAGGAACCGUCUGGAGAGGAACGGCGCCGCCCGGACACUUUGCAGCUGUGGCAGGAGCGUGAGCGGAAGCAGCAGCAGCAGCAGCAGCAGAGUGGAGUGUGGGGGGCCCUCAGGAAGGACAGUUUUCAGAAGUUGGGGGUCAGGACUCCUGGUGGAGGAGCUACAGCCUUAUCCACUCAGGCCACAUACAACGGCAUGCCCAAGUCCAGUGCCGCCCCGCUGGGAGCUCCAGGGGGACAGGGAGCUCCUGUCUCGGCCCCCGCCUCUCAGGAGCCCCUUCCUGCAAGUGGACCAGUGACAGCACCUGCUCCUCGGCCACUUGGCUCCAUCCAGAGACCAAAUAGCUUCCUCUUCCGUUCUUCCUCUCAGAGCGGCUCAGGUCCCUCCUCACCAGACUCUGUCCUGAGACCUCGGCGACCCCCCCAGCUUCUGGACGAGAAGGAGCUGAUGGCUCAGUUGCGCCAGGUCCUUGAGUCGAGGCUGCAGCGGCCUCUGCCUGAGGACCUGGCAGAAGCCCUGGCCAACGGCGUCAUCCUCUGUCAGCUGGCCAACCAGCUGAGGCCCCGCUCCGUGCCCUUCAUUCAUGUGCCCUCACCUGCUGUGCCAAAACUCAGUACCCUCAAGUCUCGGAAGAAUGUGGAGAGUUUCUUAGAAGCUUGUCGAAAAAUGGGGGUUCCUGAGGCUGACCUGUGCUCGCCCUCGGAUCUCCUCCAGGGCACCGCCCAGGGGCUGUGGACCACCCUGGAGGCCGUGAAGCGGGUGGGGGGCAGGGCCCCCCAACCGCUCUGGCCCCCCUCUGGUCUGGGCGGCUUCAUCCUCUUCUACGUGGUCCUCAUGCUGCUGCUCUGUGUCGUCUACACUCGGCUCCUGGGUUCCUAGGACCUGAAGUCACCCCUCCCCCCACCACCCUGCCCCGUUUCUAUUUAUAAGACUCCUGUGCAACCCCCUGCCCACCGGUGGUGCCUUCAGCCCCUACCAAAGACACUAGUGAACCCUCCUCCCCUCACAAACACUGACCUCAGAGGCCCCACUCUGGUACCCCCAGACCCUGGGCCCCCAGCCUCUGGCCCCUCCCAUCUCAGUGCUGAUGGUGCCUUCUCCCACCCAGCCCUGCGCUCUGCUCCCCCAGAGGGGUGGAUCUUAACUCUCCUAUUUUCACUCUCUCCCCACCCCCGAUAUAGGGGGCUAAAUUAUCUAUAUUUUGUAGAGAGAACUCUAUAUAUUUGUAGGAGAUGCAAGGCCCAGUCUGGGUCCCCAUCUCAUGUAUAAAUUGUACAGACUGUG